AUGACGAAGGCCCCGCAGAGCUUCCACCUGGAAGGGUGGCUGCGGGAGCGGCUGGCAGCGGUGGGGGGGACACGCUCGGUCCUUUACGAGGGUCCCCUGCGUCCCCUCUGUCCCCUCGCCCCCAACAACGUCAACACCAUGGCGGCCGCCGCCGUGGCCGCCCCCCGACUCGGUUUCGACGGCGUCCGCGCCUGCUUGGUGGCCGACCCCAGGGCGGCGGGGGGGGGGCUUUACCACGAGCGGCAGCGCCUGGAGCUCUGCGCCCUCCACGCUCUCAACAACGUCCUGCAGCGACCCUGCUUCACCCAGGAAGCCGCCGACGAGAUCUGCAAAAGGUUGGCCCCCGACGCCCGCCUCAACCCACACCGCAGCUUCUUGGGCACCGGUAAUUACGACGUCAACGUCAUCAUGGCAGCGUUGCAAAGCCUGGAGCUGGCGGCCAUUUGGUGGGACAAACGCCGGUCGCUGGAGCGGUUGGCGCUGGGACAGAUCCUGGGUUUCAUCCUCAACGUCCCCUCUCACGUCUCGCUGGGUUUCGUGGCGUUGCCGUUCCGCCGUAAGCACUGGUUGGCCGUACGGCAGCUCCGCGGCACCUACUACAACCUCGACUCCAAACUCCGGGCGCCCGUCGCCAUCGGCGGCGAGGCCGAGCUCAGGGCUUUCCUGCGGGAUUUCCUCUCCCAAGGGCUCUGCGAGGUUUUCCUCGUCGUGCCGCGUGCCGUGGAGGAGGCCGGCGCUUGGCUGAGCCCCGAGUGACUCGUCACGCACGCCGACGGCUGACACCGCCCUCCCUCUGCUUCGGGGUGAAACCGCGACGCUUUGGGUCUUUAUCCAGGCACCGCUCAUCCGCGGCGGCGGUGGGUUGUUAGAACACGAACACAGUUUCGGGGAGCCGCGGGGACCACGGAGCACACACCUGCUGUCACCGUGCCGCGGCAGCGCUUCAAUUUCCUGAUUUUGCCCCGAUUUCGCGUGCCGGUUUUGCUUCCCUCCGUCACCGGGUGUGCGACGGGGGUGCAGGUGUUGUAGAGGGGUGACGGUGGUGGUGGUGGGACGGGGGGGGA